AUGAUGGGAGCGCCGCGGCGGGGCCCCCGGCAGCGCAGGCGCCGCCGGCCGGAGGCGGGGAGGAGCGGGCAGCGCCCCGCGUCCCCGCGGAGCCGCGCCGCCCGCUGCUGCAGCGCCUCGGCCAGCACGAGGCCAUACGCCUCCACAAGCUCCUGGGGCACCGGUUCUACGAGGUCGCCAUGGCGAAGGACCGGCAGCUCAUGGUGGACGAGUGUCGGACACGAGCUCCAGUGUGUUGUGCUAUGCGCGUUCCCCGAGUGCAAAGUCAGGAGCUUCGGCAGCACCCAGAAUGGCUUUUCGACUUACGAUUCCGAUCUGGAUGCCACAUUAACGCAGCAGGGGGUGAAGCAGGUAGAGGCCAAGUACGCUGCUGCGGUUCUGCAGCAGUAUCUGUUGCCUUUGCUCGCCAAGAGUGGCAGGUUCGAAAUCGCAGGCACAAUAGCCGAAGCGCGGAUACCUAUUCUGAAGCUCAGGUACUGGGGCAAUCAACUCGAAGUAUUGGACGUCGACUUAUCGUGCCAUAAUACAGAGGCUUUCCCCAACACUCAGCUCCUCCUCGCGUACUCGCGGAUGGGCGAGGGCAUCAUUGCAGCCCUAGGCAUCCUCGUGAAGCUCUGGGCCAAAUCGGCAGGGGUCUCUGGAGCGCCACAGAAGCACCUCUCCUCUUAUUCCAUCAUCCUCAUGGUGUUGUACUUCCUGCAAGUAGUUCACAAUGUGCCAUGCCUCCCUACGUGGGCGUUCGACGGCAGCACCGAGGUCCCUCCCGAGGGUCGUCAACACUGGAAGUGGACUGGCCCCAUGACGCUGCUGCUGUGGGAAUUUUUCAAGUUCUACGCCAUGGACUUCCAAUGGGGAACGGAGCGCACCGUCAACUCGGAUGAGCGGCACAAGGACCUGCGGGGCCGCUGGGCCUCGCGGCUGCACGUCGAAGACCCCAACGGCCAGCUGCCCGUCGGCCUGACGCCCGUGUCCUGCGAGCUCGCGCCGGCCCCCCGCGACCCUCCCGGCGCGGGCGCCGCCUGGCACGGCGUGCCGAGGGGGCCCGGGGUGCAGAUGUUCUGGCUGAUCUUACGCAGCGGGAUCGUGUGA